GACAGCCAAGUCCCAGUGCUGGUUUUCGGAUCCCUCCCACUUUGGACCUACAAAACCUUCGGCUCAGAGCAGUUCUGCACUCACCACACCGCACCCACGCUCAGCCACAGCACAGGUGGUCACAAGGCCAAGAUCCAGAGAGGUAAGCAGGCCACACUUACCGGGCCCGUUCUGCAGCAUGGAGCUGGUCCGGGACACCUCCCGCCCACCACUGAAGUAUGUGAAGGGGGUCCCUCUCAUCAAGUACUUUGCAGAGGCACUGGAGCCACUGGAGAACUUCCGAGCCCGGCCAGAUGACCUGCUCAUCAGCACCUACCCCAAAUCUGGCACCACAUGGGUGAGUGAGAUCCUGGACAUGAUCUACCAGGGUGGCAACCUAGAGAAGUGUCGCAGGGCCCCCAUCUUUAUCCGGGUGCCCUUCCUUGAGUUCAAGGCCCCAGGGAUUCCCACAGGUUUAGAGGUUCUGAAAGAUAUGCCACCACCACGGAUCCUCAAGACACACUUACCCCUGGCCCUGCUCCCCCAGACCCUGCUGGAUCAGAAGGUCAAGGUGGUCUAUGUUGCCCGCAAUGCAAAGGACGUGGUUGUCUCCUAUUACCACUUCUACCGCAUGGCCAAAGUGCAUCCUGAGCCUGGCACCUGGGACAGUUUCUUGGAGAAGUUCAUGGAUGGGGAAGUGUCCUAUGGGUCCUGGUACCAGCACGUGCAGGAGUGGUGGGAGCUGAGUCGCACCCACCCUGUUCUUUACCUCUUCUAUGAGGACAUGAAAGAGAACCCCAAGAGGGAAAUUCAUAAGAUACUGGAGUUUGUGGGGCACUCCCUGCCAGAGGAGAUUGUGGAUCGCAUCGUCCAGCACACGUCUUUCCAGGAGAUGCAGAAGAACCCCAUGACCAACUAUAGCACCAUACCCCUGGACAUCAUGGACCACAAGAUUUCCGCCUUCAUGAGGAAAGGGGCCCUCCAGCCUCCUUCCUUCUCUCACUACCCAGGCAUUGCAGGGGACUGGAAAACCACCUUCACUGUGGCCCAGAAUGAGCACUUUGACACUGACUAUGCUGAAAAGAUGGCAGGCUGCAGCCUCAGUUUCCGCUCAGAGCCAUGAGUGGUGUACAACAAACCUGGUUAUGCCCUCCAGAAUAAAAUGCAAUUUGUGUUA